GCCAGUCGCUGGCCAGGGACGUCUGUUAAUCGAUAUAUUUAAUUUCCAUUGAUUAUCCCAUCAUUAUUUUCGUGUCAUAUUGGUCAAGAUCUAUUAUCUGCCUUGAAGCCUGCUUGCAAUGGCACCUACAUUUAGGUCCUCCCGCUCCGGUCGGCAAUUCGCCGAUCAGACGGCGAACCGUAGCCGGACAGGCCAGAUCGAUCACGAUGUUUUCGAAGGUUUACCGGUGCGUCGCUGGACACGGCAGCAGCUCACAGUCUCGCAAGAACCCAAGCCCGAGGAUGCAGAGGCUCCCACGGAGGGCCUCCCCGCCAACAAGACUUUGCCAGAGCUUCCCAUGCCCAGAGACAGCAACCUCCUGACCCCAAUGAGCAAGGCGCUUCUGCGUGCAGCCCGCGCGGGCUGCAUAUACAUUCGACACGUCAGCAAAGAGGUAGACGAUGAGGAGAAGGAAGCCACAGAUGUGGAGGAGCAGACGACACCACACCGGACAGAACGCAGCUUCACUGCUCGCAAGUGGGCGGUAUUGCCGAAGCAGAUGGAACCCGCCGAAGUUGAAUUCCUGGCGAAAAGGAGGCCAGGGCUGCCAUCGUUGUAUGGUGCUGCUGCGGCUGCCGAUGGUGCUGCAGCUGGCUCCUCGCUGCCCAUGAGGAAGACCAAGUUUAAGAAGGUCGAUCCUGUCACAGGGAACAUCUCCGUCUAUGAGGCUUGGGUGCCAGAAGGACAUAAAAUUGAGGGAGAGAUCACGGAGGCCGACCAGAUUGUGACAGAGAAGACCGAUGUCGCUAUUAUCCCUCAAGCUCCUGCGCCGGGCACUGUUGUCGAAGGGGUAGGUGUCGUCAAUGCCGAAGGAGUUGUUGUUGCGGAGGCAGGCUCUGCAGCUGUGUUGACGCCCCCUAGGAGGCGACCUCCUCCACCCAAGCGUAAGGCGAAGGGGCUCGGAAAGGGACGAAGAAAGAAGGUCAUGUUCGCUCCCGGCGACGGAGCAGACGCGGCUCUAGUCCACGGCGCUGGUCUUGACCGAACAGACGGCGCUCUCGCCAAGGAUGAAGAUACAGAUCCGUCUCAUCUAUCUGUCGACCAGUCCGCUCAGGAGGAGGACGAGGAGGAGGAUGGCGAUGAGGGAGACGAGAGCGAUGACGGUGAUGAGACCAUGCUGGAUGCCAAGACCCCAGAAGCCGAACCUCUGCCCACCACCGCUGAAUCUACUGAGGGGCCUGCUGUAAAAACGAGUGCCACUAUAUCUGCUGAGCCUGGUAUCAAGGUUGAAUCGGAACCAGAACCCACCGCGGAGCCUAUCAACGAGCCUGUGACGGAUAAAGUUACAACGGAGAUGGCUCUAGAUACCCAGCCUUCGAAUUCGGAGACUACUUCUGGCUUGCAGCCUUCAAAUUCCCCUCAAAUGGAACCGACGUCAGAGAGUCCAGGCGAGGCAGUUUCUCCUGAGAACUCCCAACAAGAAGUAUCCACUACAACGAUCUCAAAUGAAGCGGUAGUUAAAAACCCGGCAGACCAGACAACAGAACAGCUCCCACAGGAAUCAGUCUCUGAAGUUCGUCUUGUCGAGGAUACAGAGAUGACAGAUGCUGUACCGCUCGAAAAGACGAUUGCUGAUUCCAGACCUUCCCUUGAAGCAGCAGAACCCAGCGUAUCCGCUCCCACAGAUGCUGACGAAGGGACCUCUACUGGAAUAGCCGAGCCUGACACAGUAGGUGUCACAGCAGGGGCUGUUGAAAACACAGAACAGGCGGCAUUGAGCCCUCCGCCAGACCAGGCUAUCCCAGAGGCAGCAGCCGUCACGGAAGUCACAACAGAAUCCGCGCCAAACACUACGGAGACUGUGGAGGCGGAAGCAACAGCCACAGAAGAGACGGUGCAAGCUCCGCAAGAUCAAGAAGACAAGGUUGACUCCCACGAAAUCGACCUCCUCGGUCGUCUAGAAGAAAGCCUAGACCAACCCGAGGCUCCAAAUGGUACCUCCUCAGAGCAGCCCGCAGCACCUGAGCCGCCUGUCUCUCAUCCAGAGGCCCAGCAGCGCUCGUCUCCGGUCCGACCAACUGCUAUCGAGGAAAUCUCGGGAGGAGAAGAGGAGCGCCCAGACGAAACGGGGCCAGAGAAUCUACAGCCCCCGGGAAGUGUCGGUCCUGAAACGCCAAACCUAGAGGAAGAAAACCAGCCAGAGAACGCGCCAGGAGCCACGGCUCCCUCGAAAUCGGCAUCUCCGCCAGAACCAGAGCAGCGAGGUGAAGAAGAAGGAAAAGCCAGUGCGGCUUCUCCAGAUGAUACAUUUGUCAAUGAUGAAGCUCCAGCUUCUACCGCCCCUCCGGAGUCUUCUGUUUCCCCUCUUGUUCCGGAGACGACAGAUGAAGCACAAACAGCCGAAGAGCCCACGCCCGCCGCUGACGAAAAUUAAGGCAUGAACGGACUCGAUGAGAUGGGAUUGGGAAAUUAGCAGUUCGCUUGGCGCUGAAGGAUCCCUGGAGUUGGAACCCGAC